GUUACAAACUAGAGCGGCGCUCCUGUCUGAGGAUCACUCGCUCCUCGCUCACCUUGGCAGGCACGGCGGGACUCAGAGAAAAGGAGCCAAAGAUCAUUUCCCCGCUGAAGCUGUAACUGACAACUUCGAGGACACCAACUGCUCCGCAGCCACCAAGAUGAGCAAGAAGAUGGAGGACGAGGCCGUGCUGGACCGUGGGGCCUCCCUCGUCAAGCACCUCUGUGACCAGGAGGAGGUGGAAGGUCAUCAUACCAUCUACAUCGGCGUGCGGGUGCCUAAGAGCUACCGGCGUCGUCGGCGCCACCGCCGGCGCGCGGCUGGCCAGAAAGACAGAAAGGACCGUCCGACGGAGAACGUUUCGGACAAUGAGAACAACGAUGAGACCGGCAACGACAUCUUUAAGCCUCUCAUCUCGCCGGCCGCUGAGAGGAUCCGCUUCAUCCUCGGGGAGGACGAUGAUGGCCCACCGCCCCCGCAGCUCUUCACUGAGCUGGAUGAGCUGCUGUCGGUGGAUGGACAGGAGAUGGAGUGGAAGGAGACCGCCAGGUGGAUCAAGUUUGAGGAGAAGGUGGAAAAAGGCGGCGAGCGCUGGAGCAAACCUCACGUGGCCACCUUGUCACUGCACAGCCUGUUUGAGCUGCGUACCUGCAUCGAGAAAGGCAGCAUCAUGCUGGACAUGGAGGCCUCCACUUUGCCUCAGGUGGUCGAGCUGAUCACCAACAAUCAGAUCGAGAGCGGUCAGCUGAAAGCGGAGCUAAAGGACAAGGUGAUGUACACGCUGCUGCGCAGGCAUCGCCACCAGACCAAGAAGUCCAACCUGCGCUCACUGGCUGACAUCGGCAAGACCGUCUCCAGCGCAAAUAGUCCCAGCAGCACCCACAGGAACCUGACCUCCAGCAGCCUCAACGAUAUCUCGGACAAGCCGGAGAAAGAGCAGUUGAGGAACAAGUUCAUGAAGAAGCUACCCAGGGAUGCUGAGGCCUCUAACGUGCUGGUUGGUGAGGUGGACUUCCUGGACGCACCUUUCGUGGCCUUCGUGCGGCUGCAGCAGGCCGUCAUGCUGGGCGCCCUCACCGAAGUUCCCGUUCCCACCAGGUUUUUAUUCAUCCUGCUCGGGCCCAAAGGUAAAGCCAAGUCAUAUCACGAGAUCGGACGAGCCAUCGCUACGCUUAUGUCGGACGAGGUAUUCCACGACAUAGCGUACAAGGCCAAGGACCGGCAAGACCUACUGGCCGGUAUCGAUGAGUUCUUGGACGAGGUGGUGGUGCUGCCCCCUGGCGAGUGGGAUCCCGCCAUACGGAUAGAACCUCCAAAAACGUUGCCCUCCUCUGACAAAAGAAAAAACAUGUAUGCGGGUGGAGACGCCCAGAUGAACGGCGACACGCCUCAUGACGGAGGUCAAGGAGGUGGCGGGCACGGCGUGAGCGAGGAGCUGGAGAAGACGGGAAGGUUUUGCGGUGGCCUGCUGCUGGACAUCAAAAGAAAAGCGCCUUUCUUGCUGAGCGACAUCACAGACGCCUUUCACAUCCAGGCCCUGUCCGCCAUUCUCUUCAUCUACCUGGGCACGGUCACCAACGCCAUUACUUUUGGCGGACUUCUUGGCGACGCGACCGAGAACAUGCAGGGUGUUCUGGAGAGCUUCCUGGGCACGGCCAUUGCGGGAGGAGUCUUCUGCCUGCUGGCUGGCCAGCCACUCACCAUCCUCAGCAGCACCGGACCCGUCCUGGUCUUUGAACGCCUCCUCUUCAACUUCAGCAAGGACAACGAGUUCAACUACCUGGAGUUCCGGCUGUGGAUCGGGCUGUGGUCCGCGUUCCUGUGCCUGGUGCUGGUGGCCACGGAUGCCAGCUACCUGGUCAAGUACUUCACCCGUUUCACCGAGGAAGGCUUCUCGGCCCUCAUCAGCUUCAUCUUCAUCUACGACGCCUUCAAGAAGAUGAUCAAGCUGGCGCAUCACUACCCCAUCAACUCUGACUUCCGCCUGGAGCAUGUCACGCAGUACGACUGCCUCUGCAUGGCGCCCACUGUCCUCGAAAACAACUCAGACUUCACAGGGGAUCCCUUAGAAGGCACCUCCAUUUGGUUUUGGAACAACACGGAUCUGCCCAUGAACGCCACGUGGUCCUCGCUAAGCCGCAGUGACUGCUUGAAGUACAAGGGCGAGCUGGUGGGCAAAGCGUGCGACUUUGUCCCCGACAUCGCGCUUAUGUCCUGCAUCCUCUUCUUCGGCACUUACACCUGCUCCAUGGCGCUGAAGAAGUUCAAGUUCAGCCCCUUCUUCCCUACCACUGUCAGGAAACUGGUCAGCGACUUUGCCAUCAUCUUGACCAUCCUCAUCUUCUGUGGCGUGGAUGUCAUGGUCGGCGUGGACACGCCUAAACUCAUUGUGCCCACUGAAUUCAAGCCGACGAGUCCCCUCCGAGGCUGGUUCGUGCCUCCGUUUGGGGGCAACCCCUGGUGGGUGUACCUGGCAUCGGCCCUACCAGCCCUCCUGGUCACCAUCUUGAUCUUCAUGGACCAGCAGAUCACGGCCGUCAUCGUUAACAGGAAGGAGCACAAGCUGAAGAAAGGCGCAGGCUACCAUCUGGAUUUGUUCUGGGUGGCCGUCCUGAUGGUGGUGUGCUCCUUCAUGGGCCUGCCGUGGUACGUGGCGGCCACCGUCAUUUCCAUCGCUCACAUCGACAGCUUGAAGAUGGAGACGGAAACAUCGGCGCCCGGCGAGCAGCCAAAGUUCUUGGGAGUUAGGGAGCAGAGGGUGACUGGCGUCUGUGUCUUCAUCCUCACCGGACUCUCCGUCUUCAUGGCUCCCAUUUUAAAGUUCAUCCCCAUGCCGGUGCUUUACGGAGUCUUCCUUUACAUGGGAGUGGCCUCUCUCAAAGGAGUUCAGUUUAUGGACCGUCUGAAGCUGUUGCUGAUGCCGGCCAAGCACCAGCCUGACCUUAUUUACCUGCGCCACGUGCCCCUAAGGAAGGUGCACCUGUUCACCUUCAUCCAGGCGCUCUGCCUGGCUCUGCUCUGGAUCCUCAAGUCCACUGUUGCCGCCAUCAUUUUUCCCGUCAUGAUCCUGGCAUUGGUGGCAGUGAGGAGAGCCAUGGACUACAUGUUCUCACAGCAUGACCUCAGCUUCCUGGAUGACGUCAUCCCUGAAAAGGACAAGAAGAAGAAGGAGGAUGAGAAAAAGAAGGGCGACGGCGUAGACAGUGACGGCGAUGAUUCUGACUAUCCUUACAAUGAGAAUGUUCCCAGCAUUAAAAUUCCCAUGGACAUGAUGGAGCAGGAACCCUUCUUAGGUGGUCAGGCCUCAGACAACGAGAAGUCAGCUUCUCUCCUCGAGCGACACACCUCGUGCUGAGAGGCUUCGUUACUACCAGGCCAACUGCUUGUCCAGCCCCGAGAUGAGUCCGCUGAAGCCGGUGCCUCAGAUUAGAAUAGACAUGGACCCGGACGAGGGCAACCCAUUCUACUGGCGGAACCGGGGAUCCGAGACGUCUCUGUAGGUCCGUCCGCCCGGACACUCCGGACCCUCGUCUUCUACUACUACAAAUCACAAGCAAGCUAACUUCUUCUAUGCAACUGCAGCUCUGUCUUACCGCGCAUGGAGUUCCCUCCCUGCUUUUCUUUUCUAUCUGUCUAAACGUUUUCUAUUUUCAAAAGCAUCACUUCUAUCUUAUGAAAACAUUUUCCUGUAGCAGGAAAUGUCCAUUUUUUUAUAGUCUACCUCUUGAUUCGGACGAACGAGCGUCAACCGCCAGUGGAAAAGCUGCGCUAAUGGGAUUGACUAGCUAACAAUCGAGAUGUUUUUCUUUCAUUUGUCUUUUUCGUACUAAAUUUGAAUCAAGGUGUUUAUUUGAUUUCUUCAUUUUUUUUAAUGAUUACGUUUAUGUGUGGCGGGUUUGUUUUCAUGUCGGGUUUUUUCUUCAAGUACUGGCGAUAUUGCGUUUAAAAAAUGCGAUUUGUUUCUUUUUAAGUGGCUUAUAAGGUCCUUUCAGAUUUGAGUAUUUCAUAUAUACUCUAUUUUCAGUCUGUAUGCCAAAAUAUAGACUGGAGCAUUAACGUAACGUGUGAAUGAGGUAUCAAAUCACGCUAAAAGCAUCGCAUAAAAUGUCAUGGAGAUGUCAGAAGUAGGUCAAAUUUAACAUUCCAACAUUAGCACAUUCUUAUUCCAAAUGUCACUUUUGAAUUUAAAAAAAAAAAAAAAAGAUUGGGGGGAAUUUAUCUUAAAUUUCCACAUUUUUUCACCGAUUAAAAUUUACCUAGGAUUAAAACUUCAGAAUUUGAAAAUAGAACCCCGAAAUAGGCUUUUUAAAUGUAUUUAUUAUUAUUAAAUUCUAUUAAUUCUUAUUCUUUUUUCUUAAGGAAUUCACCUAACAUUUCCACAUUUUUGUUUUGACCGAUUCCAAAUUUUAACUCAGGAUUAAAAUUAAUAUGAUUGUUUUUUUUUUUGUUUUUUUUUUUUUUUAAAUGAGUAAUCUCAAUUUUUAAAUUUUUUUAACAUUUCAAACUUUCAUUUCAAACAAAAUUUCAAUUAUUAUUCCAUAAUAUUCUGAUUAAAUAUACAUUACAUUCAUUGUGUUAUAAUUCCAUAAUUAUUCCAAAUUUCACUUUAGAAUAAGAGCACAAAUCUUAUUUUUUAAUAUUUACUUAAUUUUAAUUUUCUCCACAUUUUUUGACCGAAUGUAAAUAGAACUUCAAAAAAUCAAAAUAUAGGCUAUAGAUCGUUUUUUUUUUUCUUUUUUUUUUUUUUUCUUUUUUUUUUUGUGGAUGUUGUUGGAAGGAUUGACCUCAAAUUUCUUUUUUUUUUUUUGACAGAUUCCACAUUUUGAUUCAGGAAUUUUUAAAAAAAGAAAGUAUAAAUAGAUUUUUUUUUUUUUUUUACAAUUUCAAUACAAUUUUUUUUUUGGGAAAGAUUCCGAAUUAUAAUUCAAAAAUUUAAAAUAUGGUCCUAAGUAAUUUAGUUUGUUGUUUUUAUGGGGGGGAGGGAGGGAUUGACCUCAAAUUUCCUCAUUUUUUGACAGAUUGAAACCAUUUCAGCCUACUUAACACAUUAGCCCAGCAGCCAAAGUAACAAUUUUGAUGCUAUUGUUAGUCCACUUUUUUUUUUUAAUCAGCCAAAAGAUAUAUGAUAACAAUCAAUGAAUUUAUGAUUCACAAACAGGCAGAAAAACAUGUUUUAUUUUUAUGGUUUGUUUGGUUGAAAUUUGAUUAACUUUUAUGGGUGACUUUAUAGAUUAAGUACUGUAGAAAUGAUAUUUUUUCAAAUGAAAUGUAUAUUGGAAAUAAAAAGUUAUUAAAUGGAAAA